UCGUCGAAGAGUACAACGUCGCGUUGUGUUAUUGAAUAAAUACGUACACUCAAAAGCUAUAUUUUUUUUAUUGUAUCUCGAUAAUUACAUCCUGUGGAGGAACCACCGACCCGAGACAGUAUUGUUCAGUGACACACCAAUCAUCGAUGUUUGUCAGAGUAUAACUAUGAGAGAUGUGAUCUACCCGCGGAAUAAAAACGUGAAUGUAUCACAGUGCUGAAGUGGAUUGAACGAUUCGGAACAUGAAUCCCAGAAUGUGUGCUGUCCUGAUUUCGUUCUGGUUGCAUUUGCUGGUUUACUGGGUGAGAGGUACCGUGAAAGAAAGACAUCCUACGUCCAAGGGAUUUGGUUUUCUGCCUUAUAGAACGACUUCGACGGUUCAGAAAUAUUGUAACUGUAUAACGUCUUACUCCUGUUCCUGCUGUCAAAGUGUCGUCAUUUUGUACACGAAAGCCGAGAAGAAUCUUUGUGUUAAUUUCAAUUAUCAAAGAACCGGAUUCGACGUUAACGUCACAUUAAAUUCCGAUACGUUGAGAGCGAGAGCUGUCAUCGAGUAUAAACCGUUCAAGUUUUGCACGAAUAUACCAGGAUGUUACUUUUCAUCUGCUUGCGUAAACGUGCUGGAACUCAAUAAAUUUCCGAGAUCGAUCACCGCUUGCCUUCGACUGGACGUGUUCUCGAAGAAACGACUGUGGCAAUUAAAUUACGACUGCGUUAGCGUCUCGACGGAGUUACCUACGAUGUCGGGUAACGGGACGAUGCCUACAACGAAGAGGACUGAAGGAAUGGGUGGAACGUCAACGACGAUGAAAGCUGGAAUGACGUCAAGGAUGACUACCACUCAGAUGACGAUGACAACGUUGAUGCCUAGAGCUACGGCAGAAACCGAAGAAACGACCUCUUCGGAUGUGGAAGUGAUAACAGUACCGGGAACCGCGACGGGUGUGGAUAUCGAUUAAGCAGUAAUUAUAAUGAAGCAAAUAAUUAAUGGAUCUAUUAAUAAGUUAUUAGGGAAAGAAAAUA